UUGAUGAAGUUGGCUCUGGCAUAUCGAGCACUGCUUUUGUCUUUCUAUGUGCUCUAUAUCUUUGAAUCAACUUGUAAUCCUCUUGGUCUUAGCUUUCCUUUCAGUCUAUUUACUACUGCAGGGGAUACAGUCCAGAAGCAUACAGUAUGAUUAAUUCAUUUAAGAUAGAAUACAGUUUUGAUGAAUACAUAGCUGGUGGAAACAAUGGGCAUGAUUAUUUAUUUGUUUUUACAAUGAACUUGAUGACUUCCGUUUUUAAAUAAAAAACAAUGAGCAAAACCCGAAAUAAGAAUUUAGUUGCGCCAAUGCACUCUUGAAUCUUGAUUCUAAUUUAGGCUUUGAGGAUGAGACUUUAAUCUGGUAGACCCACUGAGAAUUGGAUAUGGUUGACCUAGGUUCGGUCAUGUCCUCAUCCUGGUUUUGGCAAUGAUAGUUCUCGAAUAAAUAGAAUAAAUUAAAAUUUUAUAAAAUAAGAAAAAUAAAACUCAGCUGGGUUAUUUAGCUAAAAAUGCUAGGUUUCUUUUAUGCUACAAAUGAAUGGGCAAUCCAUAGAAUCAGAAAUGCAGAAGUGCAUAAUUAAGUGAGGAUUAGACUCAAGCAAAUGCAACUUAUUAAUAAAUCGGAUCCACCAUGCAGAUCCAAACCGAACCCGCUAAUGGCUAUGUACUGAUUUCCCUGUCAAUAUUUGCUAGGCACAGCCUUUGAUCAAAGUAACAAAUAAAGAAGUGCAGCAAGUGGUCGGGCCACCACGCUGCCUCAUAAUUAUCGCGGCCAGCUACAAACUGAGACGAGAACAGAGAAGCGAAGUCCGCAGCCAUGUAGCCUGAGACCGGGAGAAGGCAUAUAUAAAGAACACAUUACAAUACUUUUCCUUCGCAUCUAAUCUAUAUAAUUUCUCCCAAUCCACGCACAUUACUGUUUCCCUUUAAUUAAAACUAUAUGUAUGUAUGUACGUAUGUAUGUUUGCAUGUAUCUCUCUUGGUGCUAUAUAUCCAUGUCCUUCUGGUCGGGUCUUGACCCACAAUUCAAGCAUUAAAUAGAGGCAAGGGUCUGAGCUAGCAUUCCCUUCCCCAAAGGUUAAAUUAUUUCGAAGGGUGAGGAGAGCCAUUCCCCAGGCUCAAAAGAACCUGAGCACGAGGCCGAGAAGAAAGAAGGUGCGGAGGGGAACCAAUGGAAUAUUAGGUAAGAGAUUUAAUAAUGCUAUGACAGGAAGCGAUGCCUUGGUGGGAAUAUCUAGUGCUGCCAGCCUUCUAAAUCUCUUAUCCCAUCCAAACCUCCUUAUUAUAUCAUGCAUCCUGUGAGCCAUGGCAACGGCUCUAGGAAGAGCCAUCAUCUUCUUUCUCUCCACCAUCUGUUACGUACCUUUUGGCUAUCAGGGCAACGACUGCAGGAGUGGUCUGGCAACACCAACUACUACAGCAGGAGAGCUACAUCAGCAAGACGAACAUGGCCAAGGGACGACCCCUCUCGCUGCAGACAGUGGAGCUUAAAGUGAGGAUGUGCUGCACAGGCUGCGAGAGAGUUGUCAAAAAUGCUCUCUUAAAGCUUAGAGGGGUUGAUUCAGUGGAGGUGGAGUUGGAGUUGGAGAAGGUAACCGUUACAGGGUACGUCGACCGGAACAAGGUGCUCAAGGAGGUGCGGCGGAGCGGCAAGAAGGCAGAGUUCUGGCCUAACCCGGACCUCCCGCUCUACUUCACGUCGGCUGCCAACUAUUUCCGGGACGAGGAGUCGUUCCGUGACACCUACAACUACCGGCGGCAUGGCUACAACGGGGACAAGCACGGCCAUGUCCCGGUGCCCCGUCGAGGCGAUGACCGUGUCAGCAACAUGUUUAAUGACGACGACGUCAAUGCAUGCCAUGUCAUGUAACCUCCAUUGAUAGACUACUUGGUGUGAUGAUGUUGGUGCAUUGCAUGCAUGAGGUUAUUAAUUAUUUUCAUGGGUGCAUGGGGUGAUCUGUGGCUCUGUGGAGAGUGUACGUGCAUGUUUACCAGGUAAUAAUAGUAGCUGUGCAUGUGAAAUAUAGGCAUAAAAUGUACGUAUAUAUGUAUCACCUGUGA